AUGUUGCCCACUCUACACCAUGAAUGCACUCGCGUACCAGUGACGGCACUGGCCUCUUGCGGCACUCUGCUCAUCGCCGCAGAAGGCCCCUUUCUACGCUUCCAUCAUGCCAAGGACUCGCAAUAUAUCUCAUCGAAACGCGUCUUCAAGGCUCAAGCCGUUCAUGGAAUACGUAUCUUUCCAGAAGAGAAUGCUCAUAUCAUAAAGCUAGUCAUCUGGGGCGGGAGACUUAUCCGCGCUCUUGAAAUCCAUCUUGCGGGCCAAGUUGGCGUACAAGGCUUGAGCUUAUGUUUUUCUAACAUCGCGAAAGCUUCAGACUGGAUUCUUGAUCUUGCUCCUCGACCAAAAAGUUUGGAUGACGAUUCCCAGUAUCACAAAGAAUCCUACGUUGCUGUCACUGCUCACAACGCACUAGUGCAGGUGAAGAUUGAACGAAGCAAGUCAGACACAGCCCAGAAUACCAACCGAAUCGAUGUGUCUGUGUCCGACCUUACUUCUAGUUCGCGAUCUAUUCUCUAUUCGGCUCACCUUUUCUGGGAGGAUCUGGACCGGGUUCUCGUUGCCGCUGGUACAGCAUUCGGGGAGAUUAUAUACUGGUCAUGGUGCAAUGACAGUCACGAUGGGCCAGCUUCACGCAUCCACCGCGUCUUUCUGGGCCAUGAAGGCUCAAUCUUCGGUGUUCAGAUAUCAAAAGAGUUGCCGACCGAAUGCUGCCAAAAACUGAGGAGGGUAGUAGCAAGCUGCAGUGACGACCGCACGAUUCGGAUAUGGGACGUUUCAGAUGUGAUCACAAGCGCCACUGCUUCCGAGGCCGAGACCAAUGACCUGGAGGUUCUAAGAACGCGUCAUACCGGCUUCACCAACGAAGCUUUUGACUCAGAUGAGUUUAAUAGCUCGAACUGUCUCGCUAUCGGAUGGGGGCAUCUUUCACGGGUUUGGACAGUUCGCUUCCUGGAAGCAUCUCCGUGCAAUGGAUCAUUGUUGCUUCAAUCCGCCGGUGAAGAUGCCACUGCAAGAACGUGGGAACUUACGCCAAAUCUUGCAGGCAGCGCAAGCUUCCCUUACAAGUUGCUGGAACUCGACUGCGCUGCGCACCACAGCGGAAAGAACAUGUGGUCGACAACUGUCUCUGAUAUCUCCACUGGAGUCCAGCAGGUUAUUGCUGGUGGUGCUGAUAGUAAAGUCACAGCUACCCCACUCAUUCACGUUUUACAAGCAGAGAAAAACCUACAUGGUACGAUCGCCGAGUAUACCAUAAAUGACGUACUAUCAUGGGCACAAGCGGCUGAACCUAGUUCUGACACAGCUGGAUCUACGCAACGCCCAAAGUCUUCAAAGAAAGCAGAGUUCUUUAGAAGCUAUUGCUUUGUGGAUGAGACCUCAUUCUUGCUUACAACGAAUUCUGGAAACGUGCUUGUCGGUACGCUGUCGUCCAGCAAAGCUCCGAACCAAUCAAGCCUCCUCUCAAACUCAACUUUACUCAAUCAACUGGGCGACCUAUCUGGUUAUUCCGUUUGUACGAGUGGAUCUCGUCCCGGUUUCGCUUACGUUGCUGGUGGCAGCGGCAAUAUUUAUGUGUAUAGCAAGAGUUCAGCUACCCUAACAAACCUCCAUGCUGUUGGUAGCAAAGUCGGAGACAUGUUUGCUGCUGAAGUGUCAGACCCUGAUGGCCCAGACAAGACGGCAUUACUUGUAACUCUCGUUGGUCAAGGUGAAGCGCAACUAUUAUAUGUCGAUCCUGUUAGCAGCACGAGUAUCCUAAGGGUCGUACAGAUACCCAUAGCGGACUCUUCGACUGGUUCCGUCAUUACCAGCAUGGAAUAUGCGAGAGUAUCCAGUAAAGAUAUCCUUAUUGUUGGAUUCCGGCGCGGUUCGAUUGCGCUGUUCGUUAUUCACAAAGGCGAAGGGUUUGUGAAUGAGGCUACCUUGCUAAAAGUCAUUGAGAAAGCACACGGUGGAGAGGCAGUCACUUCACUUACAUGGCGUCCCUCACCCGAAUUUGCCACACAUGGUCAUCUGUUUUCAGUGGGAAGGGAUGGGCGUCUUGGAGUGCACCAAUUUGACUCGUCUGCUAAUACAAUCGAAUCGGUACAUGACCUUGCGCUACCGUUCGGACCCAACAUCGAAGGUUCAUACUUCCAGGAUGACCGACUUUUCAUACAUGGCUUCUCGAGCAAGAAAUGGUAUCUCUACGACCUCACUAACGAAGAGGAGGUUAUGAGCAUUGACACUGGAGGAGCCCAUAGGAGUUGGGCCUUCCGGUCGCAUUCGUCUAUAGGGGGUACCCUCGUGUGGACAAGAGCUUCCAGUAUGCAUAUUUGCAGUCGGAAUGGUGCAAAUCACGCUGUCAUUCGAUCAGGCGGCCAUGGGCGCGAGAUCAAAGCGGUAGCAGUUUCACCAAAGGGUGACAGCAGAUCUCGCCAACUUAUAGCUACUGGCGCCGAGGAUACCGAUAUCAAGAUCUUCGAAUACGUUGAGAAAGACAUCGUUUGCCGAAGGACUAUCCGCAAGCACACCACAGGCAUCCAACAUCUGCAAUGGUCACACGAUGGCGACUAUUUGUUCAGUAGUGGUGGCUGUGAAGAAUUCUACGUAUGGCGGGUCCGGGACUUGUCGACAUCCGCCCUGGAUGUUGGAGUAGUGUGCGAACAUGUGUACACGCCAGAAAGUGAGCAUGCAGAUUUGAGACUCAUGUCUUUCGAUGUAACCACGUCGGGAUCUGCAUAUACCAUUGCAAUGGUGUCCUCAGAUUCUAGUAUCAAGGUCUACCGUUUUGACCCUACCGCUGCUGUGAGAUGGCAGGCUCUUGCAAAGGGCCUCUACUUCACAUCCUGCUUGACGCAGUGUGUGUUCCUAUCUACAACGAACGUCUUGACAGCUGGUACAGAUGGCCAUGCCGUCACAUGGCCACUGGUAACCGAGACUGAACGACUGUCGGGAGAAUCCUUAGGGCCGACCCUUCAGUUGACAUGGCAUCAUCCAGCAAGGAUACACCAGAACUCAUCUAAAGCUAUGGCAUGCCAUCUUGUAGAUGCGGACACUUGGCUCAUCGUGUCUGGCGGAGAUGAUGGUAGUCUGGCGUGUAUACUCGCACGGUCUGAUGCUUCGCAUUCGCCGACUUCGCCUGAGAGUUCUUAUGUUUCCCCACCAAUCCUCGCUAGCCGUGCACAUGGCUCUGCAAUAACAGCGUGCAGUCUGUUCAGACACAAAUCACGCAUUCUCCUUGCCACAUCAGGAAACGACGAGUGGGUUAGGCUGUGGGAGAUGAUCCUUCGAAAGACUGAUAAAGAAGUUGGACAUGAAGCUUCAGCAGAGCCCGAAGAUGCAUUGGCGAUCCAGAGGUUGAACAAGAUCAAAACGAACGUUGCAGAUGUGUCUAGCAUGGCUGUGCUUGAUAAAAGCGAUGACGCUACCUAUGCGAGGGUGCUGAUAUGUGGAGUUGGCAUGGAAGUCAUACGUAUAGCGAUAUGA